AUGGCUUCAUUGACUGCAGGCAACCGGACCAAACGAGCAGCAGCCCAAAGGCUUGUGCCUGAAUUCAAGGCCCAGUUCAAAUCCAGGACAGCGAACUUGCUGACCAGCAAGGGAUGGCAUCCAGCGACAGCUCUCUGCCGACGGCCGCAAUGGCUGCCCGCAUCUCAGGAAGUUUUGAUCAGUCCCCUGUCGGAGGACCACGAGGUCUACGUAUCUGUUCCCUGGACAUGUCAGGAGUUUUGUGCACAGGCGCGCAAGGUGGGUCACCCGAGUCAUCUUGACUUGGGGCUCUCUGAUCCUCUCAAGCGUACCAUCGAACAGGUGGCAGCGGAGUCCCCCAGUUGCGUCAUGCAGAUUAGGGUACAACAGUGCAAGAGGUGGGCGCAGCGGGCUCAGGCAUUGGAGGCCCAGGAAAGGAUUGCCAAACAGGCCCUGCCUAAGCAUAUCCGGGACUCACUCCGCAGCAAACGCAUUCUUCUCCUUCAGGAGAUGUUGAGUGCGUCAGCAUAUCCUGAUAAAGCUAUCGGAGAGGAUUUCCUAAAAGGUUUCCCCUUGACAGGGAGCCUCCCUCUACCAGAAGGCUGGGAACCGGACGUUCGUCCAGCACUCAUGACAGAUGCGGAUCUGAGUGCACUCCACUGCGACAACAAUGACAAGAUCAUACAAGAAGUCGUCCAGAACUGCAGAUUUGUUCAGGAACUAUGGGAUAAGUCCAUUCAGGAAAGGGACAAGGGAUGGUCGCAAGGCCCUUACCGCCUGGCCGACCUACCUGAAGAUGCGCUGAUCAGCAAGAGGUUUGGAAUCCAACAAGGCCACAAACUCAGGCCGAUCGACGACCUGAGCCAGAGCCUUAUCAACAUGGCUUUUGAAUCGCACGGGAAAGUUCAUGUUCAUGAUGCAGACGUCAUCACAGCAGCACUGCUGAUGUUUCGCCGACUGCACAAGGGCAAGGUUUUUGGCAAAACGUUGGAUCUCAAGGCGGCCUACCGCCAACUACCUCUGGAGGAGCAAGCGCUUGACAAAGCCUUCAUCGCAGUCAAGCUUCUGUGCCUGCCUUUCGGUGCCACGGCAGCUGUACACUCCUUCAUCAGAGUUUCCCUCGCCCUGUGCCACAUAGGGAACGUCCUUUUUCGACUGCCUAUGACCGCCUACUAUGAUGAUUUCACUCUUUUCAGCAGCGAGGAGCUUCGUAACUCCACCUCGGCCACCGUCGACAUCAUGUUUUCCCUGUUUUUCGAUUUUGACCGAGACGGUGAUAAGGCGCAGGACCUGCGCACGACUUUCCGAGCAUUGGGGGUGCAAUUUUCGUGCCUGGAGGACGAGGAUCGGACUGUUCUUGUGUCAAACACAGAAGAAAGGCUUGAAGAUGCAGUGGAAAAGCUUCAGGAGAUCAUCGAAUCGGGUUCACUCACCCCCAAAUUGUGGGCGAAGAUGCGCGGUCGUUUGGGUUUCAUGAGCGGACAGAUUGCCGGCAGACUUCCACGAGCACUGUUGCGGGCAGUGACCGUGGCCGUCUCAGCUGCAGGGACCAACUGCGGGGAAGUAGCCACGGCCCUACAGAGAGUGUUGGAGUUCUUGAAAGGUGCGCAACCAAGGCGGCUCAGACCGGCGCUACGAGACGUCAUCUUUGUUUACACUGAUGACCACGAGGGAACCAUCUUGGGGUGGUUUGGUCUUUUGCUCCCCCGUGACGUUGCUGAGGAUGUCUUGCGUGAAGGGAAGAAGUGCAUCAAUGAGUUAGAGAGUCUAACUGUAGCAUUGACUGUUCGUCUCUGCGCGGCCAUACUGCUACAGCGGCACGUGGUAUUCUAUCUCGAUAACGAGGCAGCCAGAGUGACAUUGCUUCGGAUGCAAAGUGAGAAUGCCAUGCUUGACGCAGUGGCCAAAAUCUCAGCUGUCCACGAGUCCGAACUGUCCUGCAUUCCAUGGUAUGCACGUGUGCCGUCGCGCAGCAACAUAGCUGAUGCGCCGAGUCUCACACACUCGGCCCUCAUUGCUGAUGUCCGAAUCAUCAAGCACUUCCACUUGCCCAAGGCCAAAAUGCAGCAGGAACUACAAUACUCGAGACAUGACCUUGACUACGCGUAUCGCCAGAAGGAUCACCGAAUCACACAAUUAAAGAGUAAAGUGGAGUUGGAGAUAAAUCACAGCUUGCACCACGGCCUCCCACUGACUGCAGAUCACAUCAAUCACACAUUACUGCGUGAGGCCAUCUUUGCUGCGUGGAAAGAGCUGUUGACCCACCCUGACGAAGUAGGAGGAGUGCUUCGCACAUGGCAAUGGGUGCUCCUCUUCAACAAGGCAGGACGGCAGAGCAAGCAAUAUCAUCUCCAGCAUCAACGGGCCAUAGCACUGGGGCACUUACAGCAAGCUGAAAGGGCCGCUCAGACGCAUAACACGAAGCGUCUCUAUGGUGCAGUCAAGCGACUCCUGCCCUGGAAGCCCAAGCCCAGGAUCAUGCUUAAGCACCCGGAUGGAUCGCCCAUGUCUCUGCACCAGGAACACCAAGCACUUGUCCAACGCUGCAAACAACUCUUCGCACCCCCGGCGGCAUCUCCCAAUCGACCAGGCCAGACGCUUAGCAUGCCAUUGACUGCCUGUGAAUGGACGACACAGCUCAAAUGUACUCCUAUAGGCAAGGCCGUGCCUGCGGACUCCGCUCCGGCCACAGCGUGGAAGGCCUGCGCGACGAUUGUGGCGCCAGCCAUGGCCUGCAUAGCCAAAGGCCUACUCAGACCGGAUGGCAAGGCGUUUGCAGGCCACAUCAAAAAUCAGCUACUGAUGCAGGCCUGCUCCAGCCUUACUCACACUCCACAGUAUGCAUACCUUCCGGCACGGGACACGACGGAUGCGCUGGCAAGGGUCAACGCAUGCAUACAUGACAUCAAGGACGGUCUCAAGGCCUUGGGUGGGAAUAGGUUCCUGACGAGACAGCGCAAAGAAACUGGACAGGUCAAAGGCGAAUCAGGAGGGUGCCUCCUGUCGGUCGACCUCAGCCAAGCUUUUGAUCGUGUCAACCGUGCAAAACUAGAUAGAGCGUUGGCACUCCACCAGGUUGAUGCUGACCUUAGAUCUACCGUCACCGCCAUCCACGAGCAGGCUGCUUACCAGGUCAGGGAUAAAUUUCACCGGACAGAUAUCUGCACGACGCAAGGAAUUCGCCAGGGAUGUCGACUAGCACCAGCCCUAUGGGCAGUGCUGUCGUCUCAGUUACUCUGGGAUCUUACUCCCGCUGGUCAAACGCCGUUGCAGCUUCCAUUCACGUUGUUCGCCGAUGACCAUUUAGGCCAUUGGCUCCUCAAAACGGUGGAUGAUGCCAAGCGAAUGGAGGAGACGAUAGUGGCACUUUUUCACAUGUUGGAAACAUACGGGCUCAAGGUUAAUCCGGAUAAAUCCAGUUUGGUCAUUCGGGUCCAGGGUAUGCCAGCUCACCUCACAAAGGUGAGUAAUCAGACGCUGAGAGAAACCUACAACCUGAAGGAUCCUGUACAUAUGCUGACGGAGCGCAUUGCGCGCAAACUUGAAGCUAUGCAACAAGGACGAGGCGAUCCUGCCACGUGCGAAACUAAGACCUUUGAGUAUUGGCAAAUGCUACACAAACAACUUGCUAGCCAUGCUGUGGAACCACGCAAUGUGACGCUGGUGGAACUCUCCAGCUCUAGCCAUGCUGUGGAACCACGCAAUGUGACGCUGGUGGAACUCUCCAGCUCUAGCCAACAUGCCUGGAUGGACGUUGCGAUUUACCUCAAAUCACCUACUCAAGAUGAGAUGCAACUGCACAUACAGCACAUGUCCACGCUUGCCAACUCUGCCUGUACCAUGACCUCCACGUCAGUGGAGACCACGCCGGAGCAACAGAUGGCGGCAGUGUGGGGCCUCAGCUCACCACUGGCGACGACGCCUACACCACAGAGACAAGCGUCCGUCAGACACAGACUGACGCAAGGGACGCCGCAAAAGUAUCGAAAGGGCAUGGGCAAGGGCGCAGGCAAGGCAGCUCCCAAGGCAAAACGGGAUCGGGACCAGGAAACAGAAGACGAGUUGAUGAUGGACCUGGAGUCGCUGGACGAGGAGACGGUGAGAACGGCCUUGAAAACCUUGGUCAAAACAGCACUCAGACACGAACACCAACUGACGAUCUUGGAGGCAGACCGGAGCUACGUGUUCUUCCUGGACACGACGAACCACGGCAUUGUCUCCAUGCUGAUCCAGGCCAGCGCAACAUGGAACACAAAGUUCGAGGAAGGCACGGUCAACACCUCGCUGAGGGCCACGCUAUGGGGAGUACUACUCAUGGAAUGGAAAGCACGCCUCGAGAAAAUCGAGUCCGACACCAAGGUACUACAGGUAGCAGAAACAGCAGGAUGGGCAACGCGGUCUCCGCUCCAGUGGAUCUACAACGAGUGGAAUCCGGUACAGAAAAAGGCGCUACCAUCAAGUCGGGACAACCUCACUCACGAGGACGCAAAAAAGGCAGUCAACCAGCUCAUCACAAACACCGCCAAGGACAACACAGUGCACCGGUUCCAAAGCCUACGACCACAGAAGCCGGACCUGCAGGCGGAAGUGAUCACCAUGGUCCUGACGCUCACCGUCCAUCAACAGGCGGCAGCCGUUUACCACGACCUGGACCUCUUGGCAAACAACUGCGCGGGCAAGCUGAUCGGUCUACGCUUGAGACGGGAGCGAGUGGGCAAGACGGCGCUCACCAAGGAGCUCGAGAGACUGCAGAUCUAA